AGGUAGAUUUACAUAUAAUACAACAUAUACACAACAUAUAUGCUUUUCAACAUGAAAAGAUUACACACAGGUGUAAAAGUUUUUUUUACUCUAACCUUAGAGACUACACUUAAUCACUAAAUAUAGCCUUACACAACUCAGUGUCUUAUUUGCUAAUUAUACAUAUUAGAUUCGUUUUUUUAAAAAACAUUUUAGAAAACACCUCAGUGCCUAGUAACGUGGAUUAAUAGAAGAAAAACAUUCCUUGCUCUAGAUUAUUUCUACAAGCGCUGCAAAUUAAGGAGGACGUAAAACCCUUAUUCUGAAGGCUGCGACCGGAAGUGGCAGUGUUUACCGUUCCAGUCAGUGUUCUGUGAAUGACUUGUUACAUUACGGAGCUUAGAAUGCAUUAACUUUUUCAAUACUGGUCGCAUAUCUUGUGACGGCGAGACGCUCGUUCGGUGUUUUGCUUAGAGCUGCACAUGAAGGCAGCAUGAAACAUUACGCACAUUAUGUUGCAGGUGCUCAAUGAAGAAGACUUUGACACCAAUUUAUGGCACCAUUUUAUACGUAAGAUAAUCCUUGUUUGAUGUUGAGCACCAUGGCGGGGCAUUUCCACCUGAACACACCUCUGCUGGAGAGUGUCAGCAUGUCCCAAAGAGUGGGGACCACCGUCUAUUUGAAGAUGGAGAACUGUCAGCCCUCGGGCUCCUUCAAAGUGCGUGGCAUCGGCCGCCUCUGCCAGCAGCUUGCCACACAGUCCGGAGGCGUGGUCUGCGCUUCAGGUGGUAAUGCAGGUAUGGCUGCAGCCUACGUGGCAAGAAAAAUGGGCAUUCCCGCUGUCAUCGUGGUCCCCUCUUCGUCCCCUCCGCUGGUCUUCCAAAGACUUCAGAAUCAGGGAGCUACGGUUAAGAUUGUGGGGAAGGUUUGGGACGAUGCUAAUGCAGAGGCUCUGAGACUGGCAGACACUGAAGGGCUCACCUAUGUUCCACCGUUUGAUCACCCACUGCUAUGGCAGGGCCAUGCCACCAUGAUCUCAGAGGUUGCAGCCUCUCUGGGGCCCAGUGUAAAGCCCGGAGCUGUGGUGGUGUCUGUGGGUGGAGGAGGCCUCCUGUGUGGGAUCGCACAGGGCCUGAAGGACGUGGGCUGGACGGAUGUCCCCAUCGUUGCUCUGGAAACAGUUGGAGCCGACUGUUUUAAUGCUGCUAUUAAAGCAGGGACCAUAGUCACCUUGGAUGAUAUCACCAGUGAGGCUAAAUGUCUUGGCGCAAAGACAGUUUGCCCAAAAGCCUUUGAGUACAGCCAGUGCAACGAGCUGACGAUCAUCUCUAAACUGGUGACUGACCAGCAGGCUCUGCACGCCAUUGAAAUGUUCCUGGAUGAGGAGCGUGUAUUGGUCGAGAUGGCGUGUGGAGCAGCACUAGCAGCUGUGUACAGUGGUCUUAUACAUGGAUUACAGGAUGAAGGUCGCCUGCCGACUCAGCUUGGCCCUCUGCUGGUGAUUGUGUGUGGUGGCAGCAGCAUUAACAUGAAGCAACUGACCGAACUUAAACACAAACUACGUGCCUGACUGCUAUAUGUGCACAUGCAUGUGUGUUUAUGGUGUACGUAUGUGUAGAUUCAUAGCAGUACAUGUGUUUGAUUAAACAAUGUUGGAUUGCAGUAGCAAUUUAAUAGGAAAUCACUAAUGAUCAUUUUUGGUCAAAAAGAUGUGUGGAAUAAAGAUUACAGUAUAGUAAGUAAUAUUAAUAUAAGACACAAGUAUUUUAUUGUAUAGUUUGAAAUCAAAACUAGGUAAUUAGUCGCAAGUGUAAUUUUUCAGCUACAUAGUAUUUGGACAUUCUUUAAAAAAAUGUUAAAUGGUUAUGUGUAAACAUAAAAUCCUGACUUAGCAGUCAGUUCCAAGGAUUCCCCACAUGGUGGAGACAUAUUUCACUGUUUUUUGACCAGAAACAGCUUUUUAAUAGCUUUUUAUAUAUUUUUCAUAUAUAUUUUUACAUGUACUAAUGAAGUAAUUGUGCUUAGUACUAUGUAUUGUAUAUGUAUAUGUAUAGCCCUGCACUAUGCAACACUGACCAUAUACACUUUUUAACCUUUUUGGCAUUUACUGUAUUUGAGUAUAACCAAAUAUGCACAUUUCUCUUUUCUCCUGGUCGUUUUAAGGAACAGUCACAGUCUUGGAUUGUUUUAAUUUUUAUAUAGGAACUGUACUGUUUCCUGUCAUUUUCACCAGUAUGUUAAAUUUAGUAGUCAGUCACUUCAUGUGUAGGAAGCUAUCGCUAUGGCAACAACUCUGCUCUGUUCAGAGUGUGUCGGUGAAGAAAGUUUAAUAACCCGCUGAUGAUCUUUGCAUGCAGACAGUUGCAUAAGACAUUCACAAAGAUGACAAGCCGGAAACAUGCUGACAUCAUUUCACAUGCAUGAAUCUCAGAAGGGUAGAUAGAUAGUCUGGGUCACUCACUUUGAUGUGAUAUUUUCUGUUUUUUUUUUGUCAUAGUUUUUUUUAAACUCAGAUCACCUAUUCCAGUACUUUUGUUUACACUUGUAAACAUGUUGUUUUUACACCCAUUUAACAACAGAUAUCACUAUGCAUCUGCAUUUUAUAGUGGGUGUGGGUUUAUAAAGCUAGGAGAAAAUGCUAAUUAAUAAAGCGUAAUCAUAUAUAGGAAUAAAAUGCAGUCUUAUUCCACAUUUUUAAUGACUAACAAAUAAUGAGUGACAUGAACACAAGAGCCAACAUGUCCCCAUAUAAAAUACAUUUAGCUGAAACAAUACAAAAUACUGAAUAGAUUUCCACUGCAUGUACUGUAGUUCAAACAUUUUAGAUUUUAAUUAUUAGGUGUCUUGGCUUUUACUCAACAUUUACAUUUUUACAGACAUUACAAUAUUGUAUUAUGGCGCGCAUGUGCUGCAUAACCAGUUAAAUAGAUUAUUCCCACAGCACAGGCAGUGUUCACACUCCAAGGUCACGCAUGUAGCGAACAUGACUGAAAUGUAAAUUUGACUCUUUUGCAAUGGGAUCAGAUCGUACACUGGUCUGUGCUCUGUCCUCUUGCGAUCUGGUGAGUGUGAUCCAAGGAACCAGCGGAUGGUGAAGCCGAUGGUUGUGCCAUCUCAUUUCUAUGACAACACGAAAGAAUCGCGUCGACGAGCGCGGCAGAGGGCAUUUGAGCAGAGACGCAUCUAAAAAUAGGACCAAGUAAACAAGAGUGACUGGGAAUGAGGGAAACAGUGCGUGUGUGUUUAUGUCUUUGUGCAUGAUGUGACAUCACGCAUGCUCGCCCCCUGGUUUUUAUGCCUGGGAAUUUGCUUUACAUUUCAUCAGAGAGGACAGAAACUACACAUGCACCUCUAAAAUUAAACAUGGGGAGAAUAAGGGUACAAACACUAGCGUUUCUCACAGGAGCUCACCAGGUAGAAUGCAACAGCUGCUGUUUGUAUCCAUGGCAACCCGAUUAUGGCAUGGGGUAUGGACAGAAUUGCAAAAUGAACUGAGUGAUGUUGUAUAAAUAACUAUUGUAUCAACAGGUUUCGACUGACAUCCAAACAUGACAACAGGUGCAUGAUUCAAAAAGCUGGGAGUAGUACUGCAUUGUAGUAAUGCAGUUUAUACAAUGGACUGUGUUUACUUACAAAGACAGCAAUAGCAAGUCGAGAUUAAUUUAAGUCUGCUUAGAAAUGAAGGUUUACAGAAAGUUGUUUCAAGAUGUAUUUGCUUGGUAUAGAAAAUGCCAAAAUCAAGUUCUGGCAGUGCAAGGAGAACACUUCACAAUGGCCUCUUACUGUAUAUUAAAUAAAAAUAAAAAACAAUAA